CUUGAAGGCAACAGUCACUGUGUACGUUGUGCAAAGUGGUGUGACUGACAGUUUCCUCGCUCUCUUUGUGUCCUUCUCUCCCCCUCCCUGGUGGUGUGAUUGAAGCAACGCCCCGUGAAGCAGUCCCUGAGCGCCUGCAUGUGCCGAGAGUCCCACUGGAAAUGCCUCCUGCUCUCCAUCCUCAUGUACGGCUGCCUGGGUGCCGUGGCCUGGUGUCAGCUGGCCCGGGUCACGAAGCUCAGCUUUGAUAGCUCCUUCAAGGGCAAGUCCAUGAUCUACCAUGACAGCCCGUGCUCAGACGGCUACGUCUAUAUCCCACUGGCCUUCCUCUCUAUGCUGUACGUGGUGUACCUGGUGGAGUGCUGGCACUGCCACGUCAAGAGAGAGCUGCAGUACAAGGCGGAUGUGGACAGUGUCUAUGAAUGUAUCAACCGCAUGCAGCAAGCCACGCCGUGCAUCUGGUGGAAGGCCAUCAGCUACCACUUUGUGCGGCGAACCCGGCAGGUGACCCGCUACCGCAACGGUGAUGCCUACACCACCACGCAAGUCUACCAUGAGAGGGUCAACACCCAUGUGGCUGAAGCUGAGUUUGACUACUCUCACUGCGGGUACAAGGACAUCUCCAAGGAGCUCCUGGGCCUGGAGAGCUACACAGCCACCAAGCUGAGGUUCACCAAGUGCUUCAGCUUUGCCAACAUCGAGUCUGAGAACUCUUACCUGACUCAGAGGGCUCACUUCUUCACGGAGAUCGAGGGGCUGGAUGACUACAUGGAAGUGAGGGAAGGCAUGCAGCUCAAAAAUGUGGACUUUAAAGAGCUCAUGAUGGCCUAUGGGGACCCCGAUCAUCUGCCAUGGUACGUGUCCCACUAUGCUUUCUGGGUGGCAGCCAUCCUGAUGAUCUCAUGGCCGCUCAGGGUACUCAUAGAGUAUCGGACUGCUUAUGUCCACUACCAUGUGGAGAAGCUGCUGGGUCUGGAGUACACAGUGCCCACGGCAGCGGAGGAGCCCUUGUACCGGUACUGCAUGCCCCGAGAUGCCACGCAGGACAGCACCGAGCUGGAGUGGCACAUCUGCACCAACCGGCAGCUGAUCCCCAGCUAUUCAGAGGCCAUGCUCAUGGACCUGGCCAACUCCCCAGCCUACAACAGCUAUGCGGCGUGCCGGUACGGCGAAACGGCCCAUGGCUGCGAGCGCUGCAACCGUGCCUCCAGCACCUCCUCCAUCUUCUCACGCCACGCUUUCCACAGCUGCAGUGGCAACUCCCGCCUCUCCCUCAACACCAGCCGCUUCUCCCUCUGCCGCGUCCACGGCUCCCACAGGACAGGCCUCUGGAGGAGCCGCAGCAGCAGCAUCGCGGACCGGGGCUGCCAGGACGAGCAGUGCUGCUCCUACUCCAGCCAGCUAGCUGUCAACGAAAACCCCCCAACCUACCACGACGCCCGCUUCUUCCCUGUCCUGAUUGUGCACAGGCCAGAGGGGCGUGAUGGGCGUCAUUUCUAUGUCAGGCGCUCCUCCUGUCUAGAAACCUCUCUGUGACAGGCCUCCAUGGUCUGUUGGCUCCUCUGCCCCAGGACAGGGCUUGCAGAGGUGCUGCUGGCAGGGACCCUGCAAGCAUCUGUUCUCCACAGCGGGUCAGCAGGACAAGCUUCAGCUCUUCUCCCUGCCAUUGCAGGAGGACGCAGUCACUCCGACCGAUGGCUAACCUCAUUUCCAAGAGCUUCCCCCCCUCCUUUGGCUGGUCUCCCUAGUCUUUCGCUCUCCUCUUCCUUUCGCUCUUUCGCUCCUCAUCCUUUCUCUGCUCCUCGGCUCCCUGCCUGUUCUCCCAUCCCACCUUCAGUCUUUUUUUUUUUACGUUUCAUUCACAGCAUUUGACCACUGUUUCUGCUGGAGGAUUUAUAAAGCCUGUGCUCUGCAGCAUAUAUUUGCCCUCUUGGCUGCCCUGCAAGGUAAGAAACUCAGAGGGAGCAAGGCAAAAGGCACGCAGCCAGCCAGAGUCGAGGCAGAAAGAGAAUUCAGAUCUGCAGGCGCUGAGUCACCUCCUGCAAGCUCCAAAUGCGGUGAUUUUUAAAAUUAGUUUAUUUUCACCAGCCUUUUUUCCUCUUCUUGUGUCGUUUAUUCUUCUCUUUCUUCAUGUUCUCCUCUCGCUUUACCUUCACCUUCCUUUUUUUUUUUUAGUUUUCUCACUUCCGCUUUCCAAACUUUCUGGGGUUUUGCCAGUGAGGUUGUCUUUAGGAUGUAAUUGCAUUCCAUUGGGCAAAAAUAAGGUAUUCAUGGCACAAAUGUUACUGACUGCUGACACAGCCACAGGCUGUGCCCCUGAGAAGUGCUGAGGACUUUCUUCCCAGAGCAGUGACGUACACCAAUAAAGCAAAAAGCCCUUUGCUCACCUUGCCCUGCCUGGUCUGCAGCAGAGACACUGCUGCGUUUCCAGCUGUAGUUAACCUUGUCCGGCUCCACCCCUGUUACUGAUUGUUGAGAACUGUAAUGUAGAUCAGUGUCCUGUUGGUGCCACUAUUUUUAGGACUGUGGGUCUGGUUUGUGGUUGUUUCAUUCCUACCACUUGCUCAGAGCUGCACGGGCUGGGCACAGGGAGAGGGGCUGGAGAGGAAAAGGCAAAUGUGGUAUUAACCCUCCCACUGACAGGCUGGAGUUGUUAGGAAGCUCUUCCACCCACAGCAUCUAUUAGAGCAGUUGCAGAACAACUCUACGUUAUCCUUCAGCUUUCCACGUGCCCUGGGGAGGGCUUCUGGCCCGUAGCCCGCUGCCACCUUCCCACCUUCCCAGGCGGGAUGCAGUGCCACCCCAGCCCCGGGCAGGGAGCGCAGCUGGCAGCCACCCGCCCCGGCUGCUCCUGCCGGGCCCCUGCAAGGCUCCCCUCUGAGCGGGCCCAGCUCCUUCCAGAAACGAUCGGAUUAGUCCCAGCAAUGCCAAGGCCAGAGAGUGUCCGGUCCUGGUGGAGCAGAGUGCUGCGCUCUGGGCUGUGGGCUGCCCUCCUGGCCCGGCCGGAGACGCCCCACCAGCCAGGGACGGGCCCGAGAAGCUUAUGGCCACACUGAGGACCCGCCAGGGACCUGGCGCCUGCCCAACCUCUAUCCCACAAGGGAUGGUCAUGCGCUGAGCAAGCUCCGUUCCAUUUCGUUGUGUGGAUGGCGGAGAUCAUUAGCCACCGUGACUGACAGGAGAGUGCGAUACGAUCGCAAUACAGUCACUUUCAAAAGCAAAGCGUCACUCCCUACGGCAAGUAGGUAAGAAAGCGAGCCCCUGGAGGAGCUGGCAACAAAUGCUUCCUCCCAAGUCCAUUCUGUGUCUAUCUACAUGUAAUACAAGAUUCGUAAAGUCAUAUUAGUAUGUGCAGAUUACAUAUGACUCUGCAUACUUAUAUGGUGAUUUCCUAUGGCAUUGACUGUUGCACCAUGUUAAAUACAUUUUGUUUCAG